AUGGAUAAUAAUGGCAUCCAAGAGAGCCUGCUUCUUGUGAGCUCAAAAGCAGAACAGGACACUGAUUUGAAGGCAAGGAUUUAUGAUGAAUCCAAGAAAAUAUGGAAAGUCGCAUUGCCGAGCGUCGUUUCGCGAGUGGCUUCGUUCGGGACCAUAGUCGUGACCCAAUCGUUUAUCGGGCACAUAAGCUCGGUCGACUUAGCGGCCUACGCGCUCGUCCAAACCGUAGCCGUCCGUUUCGCCAAUGGCAUACUGAUAGGGAUGUCGAGCGCGACCGAGACUUUAUGCGGCCAAGCGUACGGCGCCAAACAAUACCACAUGAUGGGAGUUUAUCUCCAGCGCUCGUGGUUCAUAAACCUCAUCACCCUGACCCUUCUAUUACCACUCUUCCUCUACACGACCCCGAUUUUCGACCUGCUCGGCCAGCAACACGAGAUCUCGAAAUCCGCAGGUUACGUUUCUCUAUGGUUCGUGCCCUUCUUGUACGGACUCAUCUUCAGCCUGACCGUGCAAAUGUACCUUCAAGCCCAGCAGAAAAACGCGAUCAUUGGAUGGCUCUCGGCCGUCCAGCUGCCGAUCCACGUGGCGCUGAGCUGGCUCUUUGUGAACGUGAUGGGUUUGGGGGUGUCGGGAGCUAUGGGGGCGUUGUUGGUCUCGUCGUGGUUUGUGGUUUUCGGGGAGUUCGUGUAUGUGCUCGGGGGUUGGUGUAGGGACACGUGGAAGGGGUUCACGUUGGCGGCAUUUCACGACUUGGUGCCGGUCGUGAAGCUCUCAAUCUCGUCCGGGAUCAUGGUUUGCUUGGAACUGUGGUACUAUUCGAUUUUGGUCUUACUUGCCGGGUACGUGAAAAAUGCCGAAAUCGCCAUAUCCGCUUUCUCCAUAUGCCUUAACUUCACUAGUUGGAUAACCAUGAUCAUCGUCGGCCUCAUGGGCGCCGCAUGCGUGCGGGUCGCGAACGAGCUGGGUAGAGGAGACGCCAAGGCCGUGAAAUUCUCGAUCAAAGUUCUUAUGAGCACCUCAUUUUCGAUAGGGAUAUUUUUUUGGAUCAUUUGCUUGGUCUUCAGAGAUAAACUCGGGUACUUAUUCACCGACGAUCCGCAAGUCGCGCAGGCCGUGUCGGAUCUUUCUCUACUGCUCGCCUUUACCGUGUUGCUUGCCAGCAUUUUUCCAGUCCUCUCGGGUGUGGCUGUGGGAGCAGGUCUUCAGACAAAAGUGGCGGUUAUUAAUUUAGUUUGCUUUUAUGGAGUUGGGCUGCCGAUUGGGAUUGUGCUUGGAUAUGUUGCACAUCUUCAAGUUGUGGGAAUAUGGAUUGGGCUGACCUUUGGCAUAGUGACACAGACUCUCUUACUGUUCUUUCUAAUUUGGAGAACAAAUUGGGAUGAAGAGGUCUUGAAAACUUUUGCACGUCUGAAAAGAUGGGACUUGAAAUCUUCAGAACAGACUAUUUCUAAGCACUAA